AUGCCACAGUCCGCAGCACGGCUCAGCGCGAACGAAUCACAGCCGUCUCCGUCCCAGAACGAGUCGCGCUUUUCGCAAAGAUCAGCAGUUGAAGCGCAUCAAAGUGCCAAUCAGCUGGGCUCUUCGAUGUCAGAGCAGCUGCAGCGUGACACGCAAGCCCUCUUGCACAGCUCCGAGAGCCUUGGUAGCCUGCUUCAGAGUCAGACUUCAUCCAUUCCCGACUUGGUAGAUUGGCGCCUCCCAGCGCACUCACCUCUGCCCCUCACCGACAGCUUCGGCCACAGCAGCUCGGGCAUCCCGGAUGCCCGCAAUGCGCACUCACAAUCCAGCUUUGGCCCCUCAUCGCAGGUUCCGUCUUAUUUAGCUUGUUCUCUGGCUCCUCUCAAUACUCUUGGCGGAUCGCAGCCGCAGUCUUCGAACCAGCUGGCAGGGCUACCACAGUCCAGUACAGCUGCUUCCCAAAGCGCUCUCGCUAGCGUCAAAGCAAGCGAUCUCCGCAAAUUGGUCUUCUCAGAAACGCACAGGCACUUGGUGGCUUUCGGAGAGCGGCUAGAUGGUGUAGCCCGCGAUAUGGCGGCUCAUCAAACGCAAUUGACGCAUGCACAGACAGAAGCUUGGACAUCGGCAAAGGAAGACAUCGCCGCUCUGGCUACUCAUGGUAAGUCACGUAUGGCCUAGGAAGAUGACCCUGCUCUGAUCAGGUGCCGCGUAAAUGCUUUCAGUCAAAUCAAAAGGGGCCGCCGAGGGUGGCGGCAUUUCAAGUCGCAAAGAAGCCGAUCCUGCAGCUCUGCGAGCACUCAAGAAAGAAGUGUCAACCGGAUUCGCCGAUUUGCACGACCUUCUGGCCGAGGUGCAGAAGUCAGUCAAGAUUCAUGCAACGGCCUUGAAGAAAUCUAACAAGCACGAGCAGGUGAGUCGAGUCGCUCUGAAUGCAGAAACUUUCAGCUUAAGUGCUGUGAUUGUCCGCGAGCUCAGUCUCUGAAGGAAAUUCUGGAGAAUCAACGCAAUCAGCAGCUGCGCGACGAAAGCAUUCAAGGAACUCUACAUGAUAUUCAAUUGGCACUGCAGAGCAUUAGCCAGACACAAGCCGCGCAGAGCGACGCAUUCGCGCCCCUGGCCAGCUUUCGCGGUCUUGCCGCACUGCUUACUUCUUUGCCAGCUCAAUUGAAUCAUCACGUCGAUCAAAUACGAUCAGUGGCUCGCAGUGAUUUGGCGGUCGUUCCCCCUGCAUCUACGGAGCUCCGAUCUGCAAGCUAUGCUAGACCAGACUCGAUACCUCCGGAAGUCUUCCGAAAUCGUGCUUCAGCGGCAACAGGCAAAAUCACCCUGCCAAAGGCUGUAGACGCAGUCAGUAACCGCUCCAACGGCAUAACGGCCACGGCCCCAGGCGCCUUUCGAUCUGUCGGUCAGGAUCCUUCCUUCAGUAGGUCAAGUCGUAAAUCGCAAGCUGGAGCUGGAGCUGACUGUACGUAUGCCUCGCCUUGCGCAGGCCGACGACAGCCCCGCAGGCUGUCACGCAGAGCAACGUCGGUGGUGCUAGUACGUCAUCAAAAAUUGCUCGAACCGUCGAGCAGCAAGAGCCGCGACAAAGAGAACACACCUAUCAAGCCUCUGUCGAGUGCUCCACGCGAUGUGCAGAUCGUGCGUCCCUCGUCUCACUCAAUUCUCGGCUGACGCAUUCACUGAUUCGGCUAAUCCACCAUUUCCCACGCAGUCAUCGAGCAAGAAGCGUCGCAUCGUCCUUUCAGAAGACGAGAAUGACGCACAGUAA